UUGCAAUUUUUCCGCCAAACAUUGUCGGCGUUCUUGGUAAAAUAUUUCGUUUGCGAAAAAUUGGUGAGACAAAAACAAAAAGAUGGGUGACUCGAACGAAACGAAUCCGCAGGAUCAAUCGACAAUCACAAUGCUCGAUGUGCUUGAGGAGGAGGCGGAAAUGGAGGAGGAAUAUGCCGCUGUACUGGGUGGCUCCGAUGAAAAGGAAUGCACCUAUGCCAAGGGAGCGAUUGAUCGUCAGGCGCUCUACUCGUGCCUCACCUGCUGCCCAGCGGCACGCACAGAUCCCACCAAAAGUGCCGCCAUCUGUUUGGCCUGCUCGUAUCGCUGUCACGAGAACCAUGAACUAAUCGAACUGUAUACCAAGCGCAAUUUCCGCUGCGAUUGUCCAACACUGCGCCUGGGCGCCGACAAGCGCUGCGCUCUAAAUCCCCAACUGGAUGCACUGCAGGCGCCAAAUGCAGAGAAUUUGUAUAAUCAUAAUUUUCAGGGCUUGUAUUGCAAGUGCAAACGGCCGUAUCCGGAUCCGGAACGCAUCGGUGAGGAAUUAAUGCUGCAGUGCGUCAUCUGCGAGGAUUGGUUCCAUUUGCAGCACAUGCAAUCGCCGCCGGUUUCGAAGAAGUGGCUGGAGGCCUGCAGUGAAAUGAUUUGCGAUAAUUGCAUGGAACGGAAUCAGUUCUUGAGCGAUUACAUCGGACUCGCUGUGCAGCCAGCUGAGCAAGAAGGGAAGCGUGAGACAGAUAUUGAAGUCAGUAUGGGAAAUGAGCAAGAGGUAAAGGGAACAAAGGAGAAGAAAAGCGAGCUGGAGUCGGACUCAAAGCAAAAGGAGAGCGAGUUGGAGCCGGAGUUGAAGGGAACAAAGAACGAACAGUUGCCGGCUGAGGCAAAAAGCGAGUUGGAGUCGGAGCCAAAGGGAACGAAAAGCCAUUUGGAUUCGGAGUCGAAGAGCAAGUUGGAGUCGGCUUUAAACGGAACAAAGAGCGAACAGUCGCAGGCUGAAGCAAAGCAGAAGAAGAGGGAGUCUGAGUCAAAAGCGGAGUCCGGAGAACGAGCUGAGAAACGUGCUAAAUUGUCAGAGGAGAUUUGUCGUCGUCCGAAACGAAAUACAGAAUAUAAAGGUGCCGCCUUCUGGGCCAAUGAUUGGCGUACAGCUCUUUGCCAGUGCUCGGCGUGCAUACAGCUAUAUCGGGACCAGUCUGUGGAGUUUCUGCUGGAUGCCAAUGAUUCGGUGAAGGCGUACGAGGAGCGUGGCAAGAAGCGAGCCGAGGAUAACUCCACCUAUCAACAGGCCAUACGCGCCCUGGCCUCCAUUGAUCGCACCAAGCAGAUCGAUGUGAUUACGGAAUACAAUCGGAUGGGCGACAGACUCAAGGAGUUUCUGCAAGCCUUUGCCAGCAGCAAUCGGGUUGUCACCGAGGAUGAUAUCAAGGGCUUCUUUGCCGGCAUGCGCAGCGAGAACCAUGCGAAUCGCGGCCAGCCCUAUUUUUGUCGUUAAACUAAGAUUUACCUACUAGUACUAUUACUACCUAUGAAGUAUUCGAUUAGUUCUUGUACACAUUCCCCGCAAUUGAAGUUUUAUUUACUAUUCGAAAUGUAUACGUUAUUAUUAUUAUUAU